UGGAAGGGGAUCCCAGCGACUGCAAGUGGAGUGUCUUUCAGCUUGAACGGGUUGUUUUCAUCAGUGCUUUAGUGUUUGUUGCAAGUUGCAAGCAAAGUGGUUUGUGCGUUAAGCUGUUUAGGAAAAUUUUGCUUUGCUCCAAUUCUGGUAACGCAAAGAAAAUUUUGAUUACAACUCAACUGUGUUCAAAACGUCGUGUUUGUGUCAUGGUUAACUUCAACGAUAAAAUUCUAAACAAAGUAAACUCGUGUGGGACCAAUCGUUGAUCAUUCAGUUUUGGAUAAUUUUAUCAAUUUCACGUUAUGGAUUUUAAAAAUUAUUUUUAGACUACUAUUUUGGAAUGUAGUCUGAAUGUAUUUCCAAAUAUCAAGAUCAUAUCUUAUUUACGAAGUCUGUAGUUUUCAAUUGUAUAUUGGUGACAACUGAAAUAAGAUUCCUCUAAAGUUGAUUAAUUAAUUAGAAAUAGUGCAAUUACUCAAUUUAUUUCAAUAGUAUAAUAAAUUCGGUGGUGCAGUGUAUGUUUUUGCGUCCGUGUUGAAAACAAAUCAAUAUGGAGGGUAGCGUGGAGAGAGAAUGUUCUGCUCUUGGAGGGCUCUUUCAACAAAUUAUCACAGAUUUAAAGAAUGGAACGCCUCUUUGGGAAGACUUCGUCGCCAAAGCAACAAAACUACACACAUGUCUUAGAGCCACAAUAAAUGCAAUUGCCGUCUACCUGGAUGCCUUUCAGAAAAUUGCUGAUGCUGCCACCAACACAAGAGGUGCAACAAAGGAGAUUGGUACAGCGCUCACAAGGAUCUGUCUACGUCACAAGGCCGUCGAAGCAAGGAUGAAGACUUUCUCCAGGUUAGCAACGACCCAUUCUAUAUUAUACAGAAUUUUCAUAACAUGUACAGAAUUGGUAGUCGACUACAUGCUAACACAGAUUGGAUACACCUCCUUCAAAUUUCUGGAUGAGAAUGACUUGCUUCUGUUGUCAGAUUACAAACGAGCUCGCGCCGAGCUGAAGAAGCGAUCGACGGACACACUGCGCCUGCAGAAGAAAGUGAAGAAGGGCGGGGGCGGUGGCCUGGGCGGGGGCGGCGGUGGAGGCGGAGGUGGAGGUGGCCUCAGUGCCGAGCUGCAGCGGCGGGUGGAGAGUUCGCUGCACGACAUCAGCGAGAGGCGGCAUCUGCUCGAGGAGACUGAGAAGCGAGCCGUGCGGGCCGCGCUCAUCGAGGAACGCAGUCGGUUCUGUAUAUUUGUCGCCUUCAUGAAGCCUGUUGUUGAUGAAGAAGUUGCUAUGCUGUCCGAAUUAUCCCAUUUACAAGAAGUAGUUGAACAGUUAGAAAAGCACACAGCCGAUCCAUAUACAUUACCUCCUGCCAGUGAACAAGUGAUAAGUGAUUUGAAAGGUUCGGACAACAACAGCACAUGGACGUUCCACACGCCACCCAGCUCGCCGAGUUCGCUGGGCUCGCGCAAGUCAAGCAUGUGCAGCAUCAGCAGCCUCAACAGCUCGUCCAGUGGCAGCUCCAAGUCACACCAGCACUCGCCAAGCCACCACUACUGGCAUCGCUCUCUCUCACAGCGAGCUGUUCCAUGUGGUACAAUGCGCUUGAGCAGUGUCUCGUCCCAGGACUCUGGCUUCACUUCUCAGGAUAUGCUCUUCCACAGACCACAGUGCAACGUGCAGGUGUCGACUCUGACAGGCGAUCAGACCGGUAACGGCACGACAGCGACCGGUUUUGUGUCGUCGAUCACUAGCAGCCAGUCGACGCUUCCCAACCCAACCUCCACUUGGCCCAAUCUGCAGGAAACCCUCCAGUUCGAGCGCGCAGCCAGCGCCAUCAUGAACGAGCGUCCGCACACUAUAUCCUCAGAGGAUAAUUCAUGCGCUUACGAGCGCGGCCACCAGAGACCACCACUGACCGUGUACACAUUCCACGCGCCCGACGCAGCUGCAGCCGCGCUACACUCGCACUCGCAGCCGGCCAGUCCCAUUGCGCCGGGCACUGCGCAUGCGCAGCAACAACAGCAACAACAACAGCAGCAGCCGAUAUACGCACGGCCGCCCAUUCCACAGCGCUGCUCCUCGCUUGAGCGGCCCAACGUCCCGUCCAAGGGCAACCUAGCCAUCCAUCUGCCUCCGUCUAUUAAGCAUAUUGCUCCUGAAGUGAGCGAAUCUCCGAUGUACGUGAAUAUGCACGAAUUGGCCAACCUGGCUGCAACCAAAGCUCAAGAGAUGACUUUCCCGCUGCCUCCUCCGCCCGUUGAACCAAACAAUGAAAAGACUCAGAGUGAUAAUCAGGAGAGCACCAGUGAGAGCUCUUUGGAAUCGUCGAGUGGAUAUGGCAGCCAGACCAUUCCUCCCAAUCCUGAUGAUAUGCACAAUGAUGAAUCAGAAUUUGUGUUGAAUGCGAAUAAUUCUACGGCGCACUAUACCUUACCUCGUGCGAGCAUUUCUGAAGUUCGAUACAGGCCGACAUCCACAACAGGUUACGGGGGCGGUGCCCUGGGCAGGGGCGGCACUCUGUUGCGUCGCAGCUCGAUGCAGGGGCAGAAGCCACCGCCUCCCAUCCGACGCACAUCGUCCAUCUCGAUGAAGCAGCAGCUUGGAGGCGGGGCGGGGGGUGGCAGCAUGGAGCAUCUGCCGCCUCCGCCGCCCUUCCUGCUGAUGGAGCAGACGGGAGGUGGGGGUGGGGGUGGUGAGGAGCACAGGAGUUCGAUUGCGGCCGAAAUACAGAAGCGCAACGCGUGCGGCAGCAGUGUGUCCGAGUAUCAGAGAACGGCUGCUUUGGGCAUUGCAGCCGAACUGCAGAGGAAGGUGGCGAUGAGUGGCGGAGACGUACUGAAGAAGCCGUCAAGCACAGAGAGCAUCUACGGCAACAAGAAGACGGCCGAAUCAAACUGCGGCGGAAUCAGUGUGGCCGAGACUGUUCGCACUCUGACCGAACUCAAACAUCAGCCGGCCAGCCCCGUCAGUGUUCGCCGCACGCACAGUCUGCGUUCGCAGAGCUGCGAUCGGCGCGCGGACGCGGGACUCAUUGCCGCGCUCAGCGCAAAGCUCGCGCCGACGCUCAGUCCACGCCGCUGGGAUAGCGGCGGAAGCGGAGGCGGCGGAUAUCCGCGCGCCUCCCGCGUGCGGCAGUGGAUCGCGGUGCGAACGGUGGCCGAUCCGGCCGUCUGCCACGAUUCGCUCAUGGACCAGAUCAAGAAGGGCACCUCGCUGAAGAAGACGCGCGCUAUCAACGAUCGAUCCGCGCCCCAUAUACAUUCACACUUCUAGUCAUCUGGUCACAUAUGUUCAUAGCCUUCUUACUACAAGCUUAGUCUUUGUAAACCUUAGAUUGCAGCAUUGCCCUUAUUUAUUUAUUCAUAUGCAAAUACAAAUACAAUUCAGGUAAAAACAACAGGCAUUUGCCCAAAACUGCUUCAAAUCUUAAUUUGGAAUAUACAGUCUAAAGGUUAUGCUACUUACGUAACUUGAAUGAUAAUUCGUACACAAUUUUGAGUCCAAAAAAUUUAUCUACUGCAAUUUUGAAUUUAUCAGAUUGAUCAAUUUCCAAAUACAAAUCCAAACAAAACUCUUCCUGUUAUGGAGUACAAUGCUGCCAGACGGUUUUACCCAAGGUCUUUCAAAAAGGUCUAGACAACAAUUGUUGUGGAGCUGCCAUAUUGAAGCUACUUUGGCGGUAAAUUUCAAAAUCUAAUCUAAUACUAACAACUCAAUCGUAACAAAAUCACGCAUCAAAAUCAAUCAUAAUUCUCAUAAAUUACCCAAAACAAUCUUCCCGUUCCUUAUUAAUUAUAUUAAUUCAACAACUAGUAAACAAACUUCGAAAACUGUAAACUAGAUAGCUUCAGUAUGGCCGUUGCAUCAUAGGAUCGUGUUACACCUAUAUAACCUAAGAGAGCGUUGGUUAUUUCGAUAGAAUCAUCAUAAAAACGGCAGCCGUGAGCUCCUAUUCUCCUAAGAAAUAACAUUGUCCAUGAAGUGCUGUAAACUAAUGUUUGCUUGGACUAUGGAAGUUAUUGUUUAUGGCCUGAAUCAGUGACUUUUUCAGCUGUUAUAAAGGGUAUGCAUUAUAUACUUAUUAGAUACAGAGUUGGUAAAAACUAUGGAAACAGCUCAAUAUUUCUUUUACAAGAAUGAAACUUACUGUCAAAUUAUCCUUGUAAAAGAAAUAUUAAGUUGUUUCCAUGAUUUUCACUAACUCUGUAUUUAUAGUUUUCAUGUUUAUUUUGGACUAAAAUUUUAUAAAAAUUGUACACUUGAAAUUCUAACCUUAUCUUGGACUUCGUCACCUAUAAAUUUGGAAGAAAAAUAGCACAAGGACUACCUUAUUAUUUUACCUUAUUGCAUUAGUGUCAUUUGCAUUGUAAAUAAAUAAAUAGUAAGCAUCUCUUCAGGUAAAAAUGUCGCUGGUUCCGUCCAUUAAGAAUUUCUAGUAGGCUAUGAUUAUUUGAAAAUUGAAGUUUGAAACCUCUUUUGGUCGAGAUAAUAUCAUUUAGAUAUUUGGGUAUCACUACAGCCAUCUCUAGUUGGAUGCUCCGGACAAAGAAUGGCAACGUUUAGUCCCCUGGUCACUCUUAGUUUAAGGAUCAAUUUUUUUACACAAAUCAUACUAGACCUAUAUUUUGACACAAUAAAGUGACGGUAAACAGUGAAAAGGGAAUAAACUUGAAAGAAACAUGCAUUGAAUUGAUGUUGAAUGGAUUUAUUCUAAUCUAUUAGAAUAGAUAAGAAUAUUAUUCUAUUCUAUUCUACAAUGAAAAAUCUCUAUUCUAUUCAAUUGAAUACAUUCCUGGCUUCACACCGUUGCCAGUUUGUUGGACAUGACAUCCAAAUUCAACUAUAGAUGACCUUGCAUAUAAAUUUCAUGGUCCCUACCGUCCACUUAUACAUGCACGGCUCAUAUCAUGUGUAGACAAACAGUAACGCAUUGCUCAUCUUUUCUCAAUUACCACCUCUUUGGACGUGCUGAAUGUCAAUUCCAUUAGUAAUUUUCCAGUACUGUACUGUUUUUCAAGUUGGUAUUCAAUGAUCACCACCUCGAUUGGAAAAUAGUAGUAGUUUUUUUUUUCAAAAAUAACCUUGUUAUUAUCUGCAAGGAUGAUGAAAGAUGAGGAAGUAACUUUCCAAAUUGAUUUGUUGUUUGGUAUAAAAGAAAAUAUAUAUAAAAAUACUUAAAUAAUGUUAAUAUCAAGUCUAUAAAUAGAUAUCUCUAUCGGAGGAUGUGUGACUGGGUAGAUUCUGUUCACUUUGAAUUAUAUUCAGUGAUAGUUCGAAACGUCUUGUUGACAAGAUCGCUGUAACCAUUGAUUUAAGUAUAUUCCUUAUCAAUUCUGCUGUGUGAAAGUUUAUGGGCAGUUGAAAUUUCUUCUGUCGUUCAACAUACAUGGAAAAAUACAUUGCUAUGUGUUAUAGCCAUAGUCUUGUUAUCCUACUUUCAUAUGUUGUAGUGUAUUCUUUGUGAAAAUAUGUAACGGUACUGGAGACCAUGUUGGUAAUAGUUCUGCAAAAAUAUACUCCACCACUUAAUUCUUUCUCUUCUGAACAAUGUUUGAGAAAAACAAAAUAUUUUGGGGGAAAGGCAAAGUACAUAGCAAUUUGUGGGAAAUAUUCAAUGGCGCUUUCUGUUGAUGUACUUUGGGUUUCAAUCAUGCUAUAAAUAAUUGUUGAAUGAAAAUAAAUUGUUGUAUCUCUUGAUUUUAUUUCACUUCUCACUUUUUUGUUUUCUCUUUUCUGAUACAUUUCAUUGACUGUCCAUUAGUACUCAGAUCAGGAUUUUCAUUUUUUAUAACUUUCUGUUAUUUCAUUCCUGGUGAAAUAGUUAUAAAAUGUAAUCUAGUCUUUGAGACUCAGACUUUAUUCAAGCAAAGUGUUCAUAAUCUAACAAUAAAUUUGCUAUUUCCAAAUGAGCGUGUUUUCUUGUUUGAAUAUGAAUUAUAGAUUCAUAAAACGCAUGCUACAUUGGCGAUUAAUGUAAAUGGUUUAUAUUAGUACUGUGAUUGCACUGAAUAUAAAUGUCUAUCAAAUCUGAAUGGAUUAGUCGUUUAAUAUGUACCGUAAUUCUAAAUGUAGAAAAUGAACUAAUUUAACAUUGACGGUAUUCUUAUCAGCAUAUUUUUUCUAUUUAUAAUGAAUGACGAAAUAUCUUAUGUAUAUUGUGGAAUCUUUGCUUAUUUCUUUGUAAAUAUUUUCUGCAACUGCAACCGAUGCUUUUGUGUAUUAGUGCAGUAGUGUGAGUUGGGAACGAGGAUACUCUUCAAUGAUCUCCUAGAUUUCCAAAGAAAAGUUGAACGAUUUCAAACUAACUAAUUAAGAGACUGCUGUUGUAAGCUUCUAAUGUAUAAAAUUUCUAUUCCAUUAGUUUGAUAAGAAAUUAUUUCUAUCUAUCAUUCUCAGCCAUACUAUGUAACUUUCCUAGUAACUUAUUUUGUUGAUUAUCAGCUUUAUUAACUUGUAUCAAUAUCCAAUUUUCUAUUAACAGAAAAAAACUUCUUUCAUGAUACUGUACUAGCACCAUUGAUCAUUUAAAACUGAUUUUCAUUGAUGAGAGUUUAGAAUUAUUGAUCUUGUUGAUGAGUAAAAAUUAAUACAGAAAAACCUAUGUUAUUUUUUCUAUGAAAAUAGUAGUCUAUUCAAUGUGUAUGUGUUUUAAAUAAAUAAAUUAUUGUAUAGAUCGUUAUGGAAUGAAUUUUGUAUUAUAUCUAUAUGUAGAGACUGAUUGUAAUUGUAAUUAUAAAAGUUCAGUUGUGAAUUGUAAAUUUGCAUAUAAUUAUAAUUUACUUCACUUGAAAGGUUUGGAUUUGGAUAAAGUUCCUCAAGUACUGAUGUAUUUAUACCUGGUAAUCUAUUUUUCCAAAUUCUUUGAUAAUUUACAGUAGAACAUUUAACCAUAAAUUUAAGCUGCUGUUCAAUAUGUAUUUCUAAGAACUCUUGGAAUAUUUGAUGUUGUUGAUUAAAAUUAUAGUUGUUAGUAUCAUUAUCUAAUCUAAUAAUAUAUAAAACUGGGACUGAUUUAUCCUAUAGGGUUUUGUAAAUUGACAGAUUUCUAAUAUUAUUCUUACUAAUAAUGGGAAUAUUGAUGAAUUUAUACUACACAAACCUGUAGUAUAAUACUAUAUAAUUCACUUCUUAGCUCACAUAUAUUAAUAUUUUUCUAGUUGAGAAUGAUUUCACUAGUUUUAAUAUUUUGUAUUCAACUUUGAAUCUUUUCAUCAUAUUGAAAAGAAUUUUCUUUAAGUUGAAAACUUGGAUUUCUCACUUCUUGGGCAUAUUUUUUCUAUUCAUAAAUAUUCUGAAAUCAUACAUAUUCCAUGAUGAUUAGAGUUUCAGUCGGGAAUAAUUCCAUCAUAUUUCCAUGUCAUUAUUUCAGUUACGCUCCAAAUCUAAGAAAGAAAAAUCUAAUAUUAUAUUAUACAAAUAACUCGAAAUCAUUAUAAAGUUGGUGUUUUGAAGAUUGAUAACAUUGUAACUUAAUUGAACAAGUUGUAUGUCAUUUUAUUCAAGAUACUCUUCUAGAAUUCUCCAUGUGUAGUCCAUCUACAAUAUUUAUUCUACUAACACGUAAGUUUCUCAAACCUACAUAUCCUUGAUGUCAUUGUUCAUUUUGAACGAAUUUGGAGUAUAGGAAAAUAGAUGGGAAUAAUAAUUGUUUAUCUCCAUUGCUAUAAUGAUUUGAAAAUGUUCAAUUGAUAAAAUUAUUAUUGUGACUUCUAAAAGAUAUUGGAUAUGGAAUAACAGUGAUUUCACUGACUAGUUUCUUCUAACGUAAUCAAUAAUAAUUCCUCUAGAAUAACAUUAAUAGGCUUUUCUGUAUCCUUAUAUAAUGUGAGUGUACAUAAAAUAAGACAAGUAAAGUUAAUUUUCAGUUAUAAACCCAGUGUACAGUGAUUUAUAUUAUUAUGUAUGUGUAAUCAAUAAAUACAUUUUUGGCUAA